UUUAGAACGCGUGGGGCCUUCGCGGCUUCCGUACAAUGUGACAACAGAAGGUCAGACAUGGCGGUCUGCGCUAGAGGACUUGACAAAUUCGUCGCGUCGCUGCGUUUCUGUCGAAAAUUGCAGCCCCAGAAUGAGCGGUUAUUUUCUACAUCAGCGUGUCGCCCUGCGGCGGCCAGCGAACCUCCGAAAUUCGUCCCUCCUUCCAAGCCUGUCAUAGUAGACAAGACUCAGAGUGUGGCUUCUAUGAGAAAGUUCCUGAGCCCAGAGUUCGUCCCUCCCAGGCAGAGGACAGCUCCUUUCAAGUUCUUCCUGGAGAGGAAAGACAUGGUCCGCAGGAGGAAAAUGCUCAACAUUCCCGAAUUCUAUGUGGGCAGCGUCCUUGCAGUGACUAUGGCUGAUCCCAAUGCUAGUGGGAAAACAAACCGCUUUGUUGGCAUCUGCAUCCAGAGGGGUGGCAAAGGGCUGGGGGCCACUUUUGUCUUAAGGAACAUUAUUAAUGGUCAAGGUGUCGAGAUCUGCUACGAGCUGUACAAUCCUCGGAUCCAGAAAAUGGAAGUCCUGAAGCUGGAGAAAAGACUGGACGAUAACCUGAUGUACCUAAGAGACGCUCUGCCUGAGUACAGCACAAUAGACCCAGAAAUGAAGCCCGUUCCCUUCUCCCCUACUGGAGAGGUGCCUGUUAACCAGCUCAAAGUAAGAAUGCGCCCAAAACCAUGGUCCAAACACUGGGAACGCCCCAAGUUCAACAUCCAGGGCAUCCGCUUCGACCAGUGCUUGACCCCCAGACAGAUGGAGGGUGCCCAGAAGCGUGCACAGCCCUGGCUGGAGUACGACAUGCUGAAGGAGUACGACACCAGCAAGCUGCAGCAGCAGAUCCUCCAAGAAGUGGAGCUGGAGAUGAGCAGUUGAAUGUCCAUGUAAAUCUUCAGUAACACGAUGGGGAUAAACAUUUCCAGACACGAGGAAUAACUGGAGAAGGAGAUUGACUGAAAACUGUCGGACUAUGUGACAAGGAGCUUGAACAUCACUGAAUAUUAUAUAAGGAAGCAACGUGGACGUUUCGGCGUUUUACUGUGGACUAAAUAGUUUCGUAUGUAUUCAGAUUACUGUGUGACUCCCUUCAGGUGUUUAACAUUACCAAUGUCUCCAACCACCAAGCUGAAAUAAAAAUAACGAGCUGUUCAAAUUUUG